CUUCUAGCUCUGUCGAAGCUCUGACGCUCUGCCCCUCCAAAGGAAUCUGAGGUAUCCGCCUAACCUUGGAAACCUACCCACUACUGUGCGCCUAACCACCCACGUCCUAGCCAAUCCACCUGUCUAAUUCCUUCCAAGCGUCUUCUCCCACUCCAAAAUCUCCCCACCACACGCAACGCAGAGGCGCAAAAACACUUUCAACCACAAUCAAUCAACGGUUCUAAUCGCUCGCUGCCUUUUCCUCCCACUUACCUACGCCCAACCCUCGAUUUCCGCCCGCCGUUGAAUUUAUCUUAGGGAAUAGGGAAAUAUCUACAAACUGCUUGCUUCCAAUUCCGCGACCUUCAAGAGUUCGACGGUAGUCGACGGUUGGAUUUCCUCCCCCCCUUCAUCUCUUCCGCUUCUCCCACUUCUCAAUCAGUCAUGUCCAACCCAUCGCCGCCCGCUGCAGUCUCAGGGAACAAUGCUGGCAACGAUGACUCCGCCUCUUCCAUUACGGUGAACACCACCGCCACUGCUACCGCUCCCGCGCCGUUUCCUCCGCCCAAGACCGACAAGCCUCGUCCUCACGUCUGUGCUACUUGUCAACGCUCAUUUGCCCGAUUGGAACAUCUGAAACGCCACGAACGUUCCCACACCAAGGAGAAACCAUUCGAGUGCCCUGAAUGCACGCGAUGCUUUGCUCGACGAGACUUACUCCUGCGCCACCAGCAGAAGCUUCACCAGACCACGACGCCCUCGUCGCGGCCCAGGAACCGCCGCGAAAGUACUAGCAGCACUGCCACUGCUCAGAGCCGAGCUCGAAAGAAUAGUGUUGCUAGUACAAAUGCUUCCGCCCAAGCCGCCGCGGCGAAUGCCUCCAUGAGGCCUCGCGCAAACACAAUUAGCCAUGUUGACGGAAAUCACAUGCAUAUGAUUGCUGCUGCUAAUGCUCAGGUCGCCAGAAAUCAGCAGCAUCAUAUGCCUCCCACCCACAGCCGGCACCAGAGCCUCGUAGGACUACCAUUGCACAAUAUGGACAACGGCUUUGCCGGCAUGUCUUCCGUAAUGGGCCAUAGAGGUAUGAGCCAUGGUCUCCCGAAACUGGAGACUCACAGCAUCAACAACAUGGAUUUCAACGCCGGGUUGCGGACCGCGCCUCCUCUUCCUUUCCAACCGGAGUAUGAUUUCGAGGGGUUGCUAUUCGGUCAGCCUGGUUCGACUAUUAAUCCAAACGCGCUUCACUAUACCGAAUCUCCACAUUCAAUGUCGUUGGAUCCUACGUCCCCCUUUGGCAAUGGAAUGACGGACAUGUCUACUCCCAGCCAGCAUAUAGAUGAUAGCUUUGACUGGCUUACGGGGUUCGAGCAUCAGAUGUCAUUCAACAAUCCGGGCGAGAAUGCUGUUGACGGCUCGUCCCCUUCCGCGAUGAGCACCACCAGUCAGAGUGGUAUCAGCGACGUGAUGCUUGAUGGUUCUAACCCUACAGCCGUGACGACCGCAUCUAGCUCUAUGUGGCAACCGGCAUUGAUGGGUCCUCCUCAGAUGACGAACCCCUUUUCCAUGGAAAUGAGCGGGACCGUGUUUCCGGACCUUUUGAAUGGAGCACCAGUGUCUCCUCAGCCGUCAUCUCAGAAGAAUAUGAGCGACAUCUAUUUCUCGACACCACCUCCAUCUAUGAGUUCGCUUAGCCCAUCGGUAAUGCCUGGCUUGACUACGCAUGGCAUGAAUCAAUCGAUGAACUUCGGCCCUGGUCCGGAGACGCCCACCUCUAUCGGUGGUGGCCAUCAGUCGCACUCCCCCGUCUCGACCAUUACCGACACUACACGGAAUGCAAUUAUCGCUGCGUUGUCCCAAUGUUCCCCAUUUGGCGGCCGUAAAUAUUCAUUCACAUCACCCACCUCGCCUAUGUCUCCACAGUUCUCUAGUACCCCAGACAACUCCCCCGACAACAUAAAGAACUUACCAAGCACUCAGGAUCUACAACGAUACGUCUCAGGCUACUUCCGUUAUUUCCAUCCUCACCUUCCCUUCUUACAUAUUCCUACCCUGUCAUUUGAUACCCCGUCCAAUUCAGGCAAUGGACGACCGAAUAUUGUUGGUGGAAGUGGAUGCCUCGUCCUUUCAAUGGCAGCCAUCGGUGCUUUGUAUGAGAUGGAUCGUAGCCAGUCUAGAGAGCUAUUUGAGAUGGCUAAGAAGAUGAUCCAGUUAUAUCUGGAGGAGCGAAGGAAAGCUGACAUGCGAAAGGCUGAUUUCAGGCGCACUCCGUCGUCUGACCAGGGAUCCCAAGGGCCGGAAUCUUCCAUCCACACGCCACUGUGGUUAGUCCAGGCGAUGCUUUUGAAUGUUGUGUAUGGGCAUAAUUGCGGUGACAAGAUUGCGAGUGAUAUCGCUUCGACUCACUCUGCCGCCCUUGUCAGCCUUGCCCAAGCUGCCGGCCUGCUUCGACCAGUGAAAAUGGAUGCGGCGGAGAUUCGAGAAAUUCAAAUGAAUGACGGUGAAGGAAAUUGGAACGGUGGACUUAAGGCUGAAUCCGAAGAACAGGCUGAGUGGUUGAGGUGGAAAACGAUGGAGGAGCGAAAGCGCACUCUCUACGUCAUCUUCAUUCUCUCGAGCCUCUUGGUGACCGCCUAUAAUCACACUCCAGCACUGACAAAUUCCGAAAUAGUCCUAGAUCUACCUAGCGAUGAAGAGUUCUUCGCAGCCGAAAGUGCCGCGUCUUUCCAGUUGAAGGGUGGUGUGCGGGCUGCUGGACACAACCGAACAACUUUCCACGAGGCUCUGAGUGAAUUGCUUCGUACUAACGAGAAGCAACAGAAGUUAGCAUUCGGCAACGGGCAGCAGCAAUUAGGUCCAGGAGUUCAGAUUAAUGACAUCCCACCGAGUGAGCUCAAACCUAGCACUCUUGGCUGCUUGGUUUUGAUCAACGCGCUCCACAAUUACAUAUGGGAAACGCGGCAACGUCACCACAACAAGAUGUGGACAAACGAAGAAACCGAGAAGAUGCACCGUCAUAUUGAACCAGCACUCAAAGCGUGGCAAUCGGCGUGGGCGAGCAACCCACACCACAGCCUAGAACGUCCGAAUCCAUUUGGCAUGGGCCCUUUAUCAGCUGAUGCUAUUCCCUUGCUCGACCUAGCUUACAUCCGGUUAUUUGUCAAUAUGUCCCGGACUAAAGAGAAGUUUUGGCAGCGAGACUGGGAUGGCUUAGCCGAUGAGCUCUCCCGCGGAACUGAGAUUGUCCAACACGCGGAGCAUUCUCCGUCUUCGAACGCGGAAUCUACGACAGACCCAUCCGACGCCUCCGCCACAAGUUCAAUUUUCAUCGAUUCGCCUCCAACGCAAUCGUCAUCCCCCGAAUUUUCCGCUGUCAAGUUCCCGCUAUCCGCACAGUCGCAGGCGCAAGGUUCAAACAGUCGAACUAUAACCAGACGGGAGAAACACCUUCGCAAGGCUGCUUUUUACGCUGCAGACUCUCUCUCCAUGUCUGACAAGCUAGGCGUGACCUUUGCUGAAUUUAACAGCCGGGAACUUCCAGUGCAGUCCGCAAUGUGCUCCUUUGAUUGUGCACAAGUCCUUGCUGAAUGGGUUGCCACGCUUCAGGAUCGCGUUGGGAGAUACCUUGGUGUCCUCGGCAAGGACGAUGUUGACAUGGGAGGAGUCCCUGCGAUCAUGCUCCUUGAGGACGAGGAUGUUAAACUCAUUCACAAGAUUCAGGAGCUCCUAGCUACUGCCGAGAUGAAGAUGAAUAUGGACAUCGUAAGCGGCAAUGUCAAUGGUGGUAUUGAUUCUCGCAUCCAGAUGGAUAGUCAUGGCGGAUAUGCGGCCAAGAUCUUGAGGGUCACGGCGUAUAUGCUUGAUAAAUCCGCCAUAUGGCCAGUGCUUCACCUGAUGGCCCACUGCCUCGAGAGUCAUGCUAAUUUCAUGGCAUCACGAGCCGAUAAGUCGAUCCUUGCUAGUGAGUAAGCAACUAUAGCAAGGUUAAAUCUCCAUAAUCGCCAUUCGCCAGGGUCGGAUCUUUUAGACGCGAAGAUUUAUAUCGACAUAUGACGCAUCUA